AUAAUGCCUAAUGUACAUGUGUUAGAAUAUUUAGGUUAGGUUUGGUACUUUUCUAAUAUCAAAAUCUUUUAAGCUAUUCAGAAAUAGGCAGUUCAAACGAAGGUAAUGGAAAUCAAGACUGAACCCGAGGUUGACCAAAAACUCAACAACACUGAAAUAUAUCUUAAUAGUUACAUUAAAGUCGAAGUAGAUUCAACCAUCACCACUGGCACCAAUGUAAAUGCAACACAGAUCAAGGAUUGUGCAGAAGAAUUAGAGCUGACGUCCUGUAACUUACCAAGAGUUACAUCCCAGGAUGACGAGAAACCUAUGGUUAACCUCCACUCUCCAAUUUUGGAAGAACAACCUUGUGAACUAAACAGUGAAAGUGAAAAGGCAGGCAAAUUGAAAUGUACUCAAUGUCCUCACAUAGCCCAGACAAAAUGGACCUUGCGGAGACAUUGUUUAUUAACACAUAAAUCGCUGUUUACUAAGUGUAAUCAGUGCAAUUACCUAACUGACAAGCCGAGACUAUUAAGAGAUCAUAAGAGAAACCAUGACCCGUUAGCUACUCAGCAUAGAUGUCCAAAAUGUAAAUAUACAACAAAACACAAAUCCUCAUUGAAAAAGCACAUAAAAUUACAUUACCCCUCUCCAACUGCAUUACACUGCGCACAAUGUUCCUAUGCUACAAACUAUAAGGGGAACUUAAUUAAGCAUGUUAAGAUACAUAGAAAUACACAAUUACUAACAUGUGAUCACUGUGCAUUUACAACAUUUUCAAAUCAUAAGUUUAAUAUCCACAUUAAGCAACAUGAUAUCUCAGGCGUUGUGUAUGUGUGUGACGUUUGUUAUUUUUCAACAUCGAAUCACAAAACCUUUCUUAAACACCUUAGGGUACACAACACUGCAAAACCAUUAAAGUGUGACGAGUGUCCAUUUGAAACCAAAUACAGGGAAAGCCUGAAAAGGCAUAGUGAAACUCACGGUAAAGUAAAUUUGUUGAAAUGCGACCAGUGUGGUUUUACAGUUCGUUCAAAAUCGUCUCUGAAAGAACAUAUGGCCGAACACAUAACCAAUGUCGAUUAUAAAUGCAAUCAAUGUUCAUAUACCUCGAAAAGUAAGACCAAUGUAAAAAGUCAUGCUAUUAUACACAGCAAGUUUGCAGUAUUCCACUGUAAUAACUGCACAUACUGGGGAAAUAACAAACUAUCUCUAAAGCGGCACUUUCAAUUUUGCCAGAAGAAAGUAGAAGAUAAACAUUUGACUGAUACUCUAAGACAGCACUUCAGAUCUUGCCAGAAGGGAGUAGGGCAUACUCUUACGGACAAUCCUGGUAAUCAAUCCAGUUACCAGAAUACAUCAAGUGUAUCCUCCACUAAACACAAGCCUGUUGGUAUCGAGUUUAAGUGCAUUUAUUGUGGGUACUUAACAACCGACAAAGGCGAUUACCGAAAUCAUGUUACAGAUCACAAUGCUUCAAAGGUGUUUAAAUUGUAGUUGUUCAUGUAAUUAUAGUGAAUAAAAAACUUUAUUUUGUCUUCCA